CGGGCAGCCUGCAGCGGGGACGCGCUGUCGGUGCGGGACCGCGGGAGCUCGGCGGCCCCGUCAGCGGAGCCGGGAAGAAAGGAAGUCAGACGGAGUCACUGCAAUACGAGGCAGCAGCAUGAUGCUCCAACACAGCACGGGUAGAGUCAGGCAGCUGUAAGAGAGCCGGGGAAGGGCAUGAAGGGGAACCAUUAACUGAGACAGACUGCAGACAGACGGUGAAGGCGCCAGCACCGGGUCGCGUUUGGGUCAUCUUGUAGAACCUUCUGAGAAAACAGGAUUAAUAGUAAGAAAACAAUGGUUAAUAGAAAUAACUUCAGGAUACGGUUGGACUAAAGCAGGAACAGAUUCUCCAAACCCUCUUAGGGAUUAGUGAAGCAGCAGCCUGCUGGUGCUCACUUCUCCAGCCACGAGAUGAUGAGACGUGCUUCUGCUGGGGGACGUGUGGGUGCAGCUACAAAGUCUCCAAGAGCUGUUGGCUUCUGGAAUAAGACUCGGCACUAGAGCCAUCUCUUCUGUCUGCCUGGAUGUGUGGAAUUUUACAAGUUUCUUAUGCCUGUGUUGAAAGUUGGUGACUGUAAGCAGAUCCUGUGGAACCUCAGCCUUCGUGCUGUGUACAUGAGAAGACAGUUUAAGAGAUAUCUCACCAUGGUAAGCUUUCCACAGCCACGCAUGAGUGAAGGGUUGGAUUUGUAAUUAAUCUGGUAAUUAAGAUCAGGCCAUGUGGUUAUGAUAUUGUUGAGAUUCCAUAAUGCCUCCUGCCGUGACAGACAGCCUUGACAUCUGGGCAGUGGAUUCACAGAUUGGUGCUGAUGGCUCAAUAUCCGUGGACUUCCUACUGCCCACUGGAAUCUACAUCAACUUGGAUGUCCCUCGAGAUGCCACUAUAUCUCAUAUUAAACAGCUGUUAUGGAAGCAGGCACACACCUACCCACUCUUCCAUCUCCUCAUGGAGAUUGACUCCUACAUGUUCUCAUGUGUGAAUCAGACGGCUGUACACGAAGAAUUAGAAGAUGAAACACGGAGACUUUGUGACGUCAGGCCCUUUCUUCCUGUCCUUAAACUAGUGACAAGGAAUUGUGAUCCAGGAGAAAAGUUGGACUCCAAAAUAGGUGUCCUUAUAGGCAAAGGUCUCCAUGAGUUUGAUGCCUUACAAGAUCCUGAAGUGAACGACUUUCGAGCUAAGAUGCGGAGAAUCAGUGAGGAGAAGAUUCAGUCCCUUGUGGGUCUUUCCUGGAUGGACUGGUUAAAGCACACUUACCCACCAGAACAGGAACCCGUUGUGCCAGAGAACUUCCAAGAUAAGCUUUACAGUGGAAAUCUUGUAGUGGCUAUUCAUUUUGAUAACUGCCAGGAUGUAUUUAGUUUUCAAGUGUCUCCUAACAUGAAUCCCAUCAAGUUGAAUGAACUGGCAAUCCGAAAACGUUUGACUAUCCAUGGAAAAGAAGAUGAGGAAAUUGAUCCUGCUGACUAUGUGCUGCAAGUUAGUGGGAGGCUAGAAUAUGUUUUUGGUGAUCAUCCGUUAAUUCAGUUUCAGUAUAUACACAACUGCGUGAUGAACAGGACUCUUCCUCAGCUGACUCUAGUUGAGUGUUGCACCAUAAAGAAAAUGUGUGAGCAGGAAAUGAUUGCCAUAGAAGUUGCCAUAAACCGAAAAUCAUCCAACCUUCCUCUUCCCCUGCCACCAAAAAAAACAAGAGCAACAACAAGUGUAUGGGACAUUUGCAGCCCUUUCAAGAUUAUUCUAUUAAAGGGUAAUAAGCUAAAUACAGAAGAAAAUGCCAAAGUUCAUGUUAGGGCUGGUAUUUUCCACGGUACAGAGCUCCUUUGUAAAACCAUUGUAAGCACAGAAAUAUCUGGGAGAAGUGACCAUGCUUGGAAUGAAGUACUGGAGUUUGAAAUAAAUGUCUGUGAUCUACCAAGAAUGGCAAGACUCUGCUUUGCAGUCUAUGCUGUGAUGGAUAAGAUGAAAACUAAAAAGUCAACUAAGUCAAUGAAUCCCUCCAAAUACCAAACCAUUAGGAAAGCAGGAAAAGUGCACUACCCUGUAGCCUGGGUAAAUACCAUGGUGUUUGAUUACAAAGGACAGCUGAAGAAUGGAGAAUUCGUACUGCACAGCUGGUCAUCAUUUCCAGAUGAGCUUGAAGAAAUGUUAAAUCCAAUGGGAACUGUCCAGACUAACCCUUACACUGAAAAUGCAACAGCUUUGCACAUUAGAUUUCAAGAAUAUUCGAAACAGCCUAUUAAUUACCCUCCCUUUGAUAAGAUACUUGAAAAGGCAGCUGAGAUUGCAAGAAGCAGUGAUAAUGCUGCGAUGGCGGGUCGAGGUGGUAAAAAAUUUUACAUCGUGCUAAAAGAAAUAAUGGAAAGAGAUCCUUUAUCUCAGCUCUGUGAAAAUGAAAUGGAUCUCAUCUGGACUCUGCGAUACGACUGCCGUGAAAAUUUUCCACAAUCGUUGCCAAAGCUGCUGCUCUCCUUAAAAUGGAACAAACUUGAAGAUGUUGCUCAGCUUCAAGCUCUCCUUCAGAUAUGGCCUAAGCUGCUGCCUAGAGAAGCUUUAGAAUUGUUGGAUUUCAAUUACCCAGACCAAUAUGUGAGAGAAUAUGCAGUGGGUUGUUUAAAGCAAAUGAGUGAUGAAGAGCUUUCUCAGUAUCUUCUUCAACUUGUGCAAGUCCUGAAAUACGAACCUUUUCUUGAUUGUGCUCUCUCCAGAUUUCUACUAGAGAGAGCACUUGCUAAUAGAAGAAUAGGACAGAUGUUGUUCUGGCAUCUAAGGUCAGAGGUUCACAUACCUGCUGUUGCAGUACAGUUUGGUUUGAUACUUGAAGCUUACUGCCGAGGAAGUGUUGCUCACAUGAAAGUGCUUGCUAAACAGGUAGAAGCUCUUAAUAAAAUGAAGACUUUAAACAGCCUAAUUAAGCUGAAUGCCAUGAAACAAAGCAAAGCAAAAGGAAAAGAUGCAAUGCACACAUGUUUGAAACAAAAUGCUUACAGAGAAGCACUCUCUGACCUCCAGUCUCCUCUGAAUCCUUCUGUUAUACUUUCAGAACUGCAUGUUGAGAAGUGCAAGUACAUGGAUUCUAAAAUGAAGCCUCUAUGGAUAGUGUACAACAAUAAGAUGUUUGGAGGAGAUCUUGUAGGCAUCAUCUUUAAAAACGGUGAUGAUCUCCGACAGGACAUGCUGACUCUCCAGAUUUUACGUUUGAUGGAUGUACUUUGGAAGGAGGCUGGCCUGGAUCUCCGGAUAUUGCCGUACGGCUGUUUGGCAACUGGAGAUCAUUCAGGCCUUAUUGAGGCUGUUUCCAGUUCAGAAACCAUUGCUGACAUUCAGUUAAAUAGUAGCAAUGUUGCCGCCGCCGCUGCCUUCAACAAAGAUGCUCUCUUAAACUGGCUGAAGGAAUACAAUUUAGGAGAUGACUUGGACCGAGCCAUUGAAGAAUUCACUCUGUCUUGUGCUGGCUACUGUGUAGCUACUUACGUGCUGGGGAUUGGUGACAGGCACAGUGACAAUAUAAUGGUCAGAAAAAACGGUCAGCUCUUUCAUAUAGAUUUUGGGCAUAUUCUUGGAAACUUCAAGUCCAAGUUUGGAAUUAAAAGGGAAAGGGUGCCUUUCAUACUUACCUAUGAUUUCAUUCAUGUUAUUCAACAAGGGAAAACAGGGAACACUGAAAAAUUUGGUCGGUUCCGCCAGUACUGUGAGGAAGCAUACCUGAUUCUGCGAAAGCAUGGAAACCUAUUUAUUACCCUUUUUGCACUGAUGCUAACUGCAGGGCUUCCGGAGCUAACCUCUGUCAAGGACAUCCAGUAUCUCAAGGAUUCCCUUGCCUUGGGAAAGAGUGAGGAAGAAGCACUGAAACAAUUCAAGCAAAAGUUCGAUGAAGCACUCCGGGAAAGUUGGACUACUAAAGUGAACUGGAUGGCUCACACUGUUCGCAAGGAUUACAGAUCCUAGAAGAGUUUUGGAUUUGCACUAAGCUGAAUGUUACCUUGAUAAGUGUUUUUAAAUGGGAUCUGUAGUAUGGACCAAUAAAACUUACUUUAAAUAAGAAAACACGUCAACAACAAAAAGAAACGGGCUGAAAUAAUUCCUGAUUCUUUUGCACUCUGCUUCUGAAUGCCUGAUCCCAAGACUGUCUCCACAAACAGUGACCAAGCUGGAUAAUCAGUUCCUGCUGACUUUGCACGCUGAGAGCUACUAGGCAUUUUUAAAUAUCCUUUGGUACUUUAUGGAGGUGUAAAUAUUUGUUUUAUGCGUUAGGGUAAUGUACUCUAACAUGCUCAGGAGGUUUGAAGACCUCUAAAAGAACUGUUUUUUGUUUUAAAAUUGGGACUUGAAGAGUCAAAUUUUCUUUAUUCUAAUCUAGCUAAAAAUGACCGUGUGUAUAUAUUUUUCAUAUGAAUUCUGCCAUACUGGCAAAGAUGCAUUAAUUCUACUGUAAAUAGCAACCACAGUAUCAUUGUACUACAGGAAGCUGCUUAAUGUCUUAUACUGCUGCCAAAAGAUGAGCACCAGGUAUUUGUAAGGUUUCUUGCAGAGUGAUGAGGGAGGCAGAGACCUCUGAAAUGUUGCAGCAUCCGGAUAGUCAUGGUUGCACGGUUUUGUUGUCCUGAUGCAGGACACACAAAGAAGUCUUUCAGAAAGAGGGAAGGCUGAUUUGAAAUAUGACUGAAACCCCCCUGGAGAGUAGCCUCCCAUUCAGCUCCUGGGGGUUUUCUGCUCCCUAGGAGAUGCGUUCAGUUCAGCUUCAACAAGAAGCUCCUUACAGCCCUUCAUUGAAACUCUUACGUCAGGUUACUCGUGCCAUGCAGAUGUGCUGUCUUAUAAACACGGAUGGAAAAUUGUAAUACGUAUCAUACACAGUGUUUUUUAGAGCAUAAAUACCAAAAGAAACCAAAUUUUUUUGAAAGUGAGUGAGUGUGGGAAUAGACAAUUCCGUAGAACACCAAUGAGAGGUCAUUAAUCUUUUCUGUAUUUAUUGAAUCUUGCAGUAAUGUUGCUGUACCAAGAUAUCUGUGUUGAAGAUGUUUUCUGAAGAAACUGGAUUUGUUUUAAUUUAUUUAGUGAGGUACCAGGCUUUUAGGUGCUUAAAUGGAGAGCAAAUUUGUGACGUGCAAUAGGAACUGCUGGUUAAAAGAUGUACCAUACUGUUUCUGAACAUCAGCAAGAUAGACUUUAACUACUGCUUGUUCUCCAAAGAACGCUGGUAGCUCUCAAUUCUUGUUGACAUUUGAAAGAAAAUUAAAACAUAUAUUUACUUUUUGGCUAAAUUGUUGUUUUACUUAGAAAUGUUUUAUGUAGGAAUUUAAUUAAAAGUGGUUUUACUUUGUUGAGA